AUGCCUCUGGACUUCUCCACCACGGCCGACGCUUCCAAUACACACGCCAACGAAGCAGCCACCCACCCCCUCCCCUCGGCCACCGCACCCGCACACGCUCCGCUCCAGCCUGUGCAGCAGAUCGCUGCCUCUUCGCUUGCCGCUCAUCCGCGCGCCUCGCCGCUCAAGUCUCCUACCGGCUCCGCAUCCAGCCUCGGCUUUACCACCUCGGCUCUUCAGCGCGCAGGUCUGCUCCCCGCCCAUCCGUCGUCGACCAUGGCUGCCACCGCUACUCCGGGUGGCGCUGGCGCUGCUGCGGCUUCCGAGUCCCUACAGAGGGUCAUGGGUCAUGGCGCCGCAUCCGCCGCCGCCACCAACGGCGCUUCCACCCCGCUUCAGGCGGGUCCGCUCACCCCGGCGCAGCUCAAGAACAUGACGCCCGCCCAGGCCAACGCGGCGCUUCAAAACCCCGUCGGCAACGUGCCCACCGUCUACCUCGCCACGUACUCCAACGUGCCCGUCUACGAGAUCACCGUGCGCGGCAUCGCCGUCAUGCGCCGCAGAGCCGACGGCUGGCUCAACGCAACCCAGAUCCUCAAGAUCGCCGGCAUCGAAAAGACGCGCCGCACAAAGAUCCUCGAAAAGAGCAUCCUCACCGGCGAGCACGAAAAGAUCCAAGGCGGAUACGGCAAGUUCCAGGGCACCUGGAUCCCCCUCCAGCGCGCACAGGAGGUCGCCGCAGAGUACAACGUCUCCCACCUCCUCCAGCCCAUCCUCGAGUUCGACCCGGCCACCGCAGACCAGAUCCCCAAGCUCUACCAGCGCAAGAAGCCCGCGCCCUCGGCGCGCAACUCGUCCGCUUCGGCCAUCAACGACGGUCGCAGCGCCACGCCCACAAAGCGCUACUCGCCCGCGCCCUCCAGCGUCGGCGGGCCCAGCCAGCAGCCCCGCUUCUUGGCGCUCAGGCCGCCCAAGGACUCGCAAAACAGAGACAUGUCGCCUGCACUCUUCAUGCCGCCGGGCGCCAGCGGCCUGCUCGGCGGAUUUGGCGUCGAUGCCCACGCCGCAGCUGGCCCGCACGCCAUCCCGCCCGGCUCCAGCCAGGCCGAGCAGGACGCCCUGCGCAGCUACAACGUCUACGGCUACACACCGCAGGGCGUGCCGCUGCCCGCGGCCGCAGCCACUGACGCCUCGACGGCGGGAGACAAGAGGGCGGCAGCCGAGGACGAGCACGAUGCCUCGUCGGCCGCCAAGCGCUCGCGCCUCGCGAGUCCGCAGCGCGAGUCGGGCCUCUUGCUGGGCCCCUCGCCCGUCAAGGAUCUCAAUGCGCUCGGCCCCGCCGGCGGCUCGCUCCGUGCCGCUUCGGCGCCGCGCGGUCACCGCAUGGCCCCGUACGACGAGGGCGAGAAGCGCAUGCGCGACCACCUCGUCAGUCUCUUCUCAGACGACAGUGUGCUUGCCGGCGUCGCUGAGCCCGUCACCGCCACCGAUGCUUCGCCGUCCUCGGCGCCAGCAGCGUCGGCCACGGCUGCUUCGGCUUCGACCGGCGCUGUCGCCAACGAAGCUGCCAACGGCACUGCGGACGACGACGACGCGUACGUCGCCAAGCUCGACCAUCUGCUGGCCGAGCUGCGCGACAAGGCGAGUCUGGGCGGGUUGGGCGGCAGCAGCGGCUCCGAGGGACCGCGCGCGACGGUGGACCUGGUCACGGACGACCACGGCCAUACGGCGCUGCACUGGGCGUCGGCGCUGUGCCGACUGGCGCUGGUGCGCACGCUGGUGGCACGCCCGCACUGGCAGGGCGGCGCCAACGUGCACGCCGGCAACCAUGCGGGCGAGACGGCGCUGCACCGAUCGGUGCUGGUGACCAACUCGUACGACGCGUCGUCGUUCCCCACGCUGCUCAAGCUGCUUGCGCCCUCGCUCAACACGCGCGACUUUAAGAAGCGCACGGUGCUGCACCACAUUGCGCUCGUCGCGGCGCUCAAGGGGCGUGCGGCGUCGGCGAGGUACUACCUCGCCUGCGUGCUCGAGCUCGUCGCGGCCGACAAGAGCUCCAAGUACAAGGGGCUCGUGGAUGCGCAGGACGAGGACGGCGAGACGGCGCUCGGCAUCGUCGCGCGUCUGGGCAAUGCGAGCAUGGUGAGGAUGCUGCUGGAUGUCGGGGCGCGCAAGGAUCUGCCGAAUGCGCUGGGGAUCCGACCGUCGGACUGGGGUAUCGAGAGCGGCGGCGCCGAGACGCACGACGGCGCGUCGGUGGCAGCGAGUACCGUGUCGUCGCUACCGCCGCUCACGGCCGCGGAUUUGGCAUCGCACAAUCCGGCCGAUGUGAUCUCGGCGCUCACGAGGCCGGCACAGAUGCCCGUGAUGAAGAGCAGCGACGUGCGCGAUCAGCUCAGCUCGACGCUCGACGACCUGCAGGCCACAUUUGCGCGCGAACUGGGCGAGAAGAACGACGCGCUCGCCACGGUGCAGAGCCACCUGCAGGCGGCGACGCGCGAUCUGGCCGCAAGGCGCAAGACCGUGGGUGCGGCGCAGGCCAAGCUGGCGGAGCGCGACGAGGCGAGGCAGCGCGCCCAGAACCUGCGUCGUGCCAUCAUCGCACAGCUGGCCAUCGACGAUGCCGAUGCCGAAGCCAGGCUCGCUGAGCUCCAGCACGAGGCGGAGGCGGCGUCGGCGGCCAAGGAGGCAGAGGCGAUGGACGUGGAUGGCGACGUGGUCGGGUUGGUCGAGUCUCUGGCAUCUUCGAUCGUGGCUGCCACGGACGAGGUCGAGGGGGAUGCAGAGGUAGAGGAGCUGGUGAGGCUUCGGUGGGUGGUGUCGUUCCUCUCGCACAGCAGCGACUCGCUGGCGGCGCAUAUCGGCGAGCUGGAACAGGCGGCAGCGACCAAAGAGGCGCAGUGCAAACAAGUCGUGGCGAUCUGCGCCAACAUUGCGCAGGACAAGGUGGAGGGUAUGCUCGACGAGCUGCUCACCGCCAUGGAGAGCGACGGACCCGACGUCGACCUCGCAAGGGUAGCCACGUUUAUGGGCAAGGUCGCCGCGCCAGAGCAAGGUGAGCGCAAACCGGGUCUGUCUACCUCGACCUCAGGAAGCACCAAUGUGUCGAGCGCAGAGACCGCCGCGAGCUCCACCGUGCCCGCGCCUGCGCCAAAGGGCGAGGCAAAGUGA